AUGAGGCCUGCCGUUCUUUACGUGACACUCCCGGCCGUUCUGUCCCUAGUAGGGACGAGCUAUGCUCAGCCUCAGCUACUAAGCAGAGAUGUGUCCACAGUUUGCGAGGAGAUUGCAGCGGCAAUUUCCUCAGAGUCUGACAUUUACUAUCCAUCUACUCUGCAGUAUACCGCCGCGAACUUUCAUUGGCUGUCCUCCAGCACUCAGCAAUCAACUUGCACUGUGGAGCCCGGCAAUGUCGAGGAUGUGGGCGCUGUGCUGAAAGUUCUAGGCGAAAACCAGACACCCUUUGGCGUAGGUCACUUCGAUGAGCACGUCGUUGUCUCAUCUCAGCAUCUCAACAGAUCAAGGGCGGCGGACAUACGGCCAACCCGGGUUCUCAUCAACGCCCGGGGUCGAGGUCGCGAUGUCGCGCUUCACGAGCGUGACUUACGACGACUCGACGGGAAUCGCGAGUAUCGGCGCGGGAACAUCUGGGACGAUGUGUAUUCUGCGCUGGAACCUUAUUCUGUGAACGUAGUCGGCGGACGCGUGACCGGUGUCGGCGUCGCUGGGUUCACGCUUGGUGGAGGUUUCUCUUUCAAGACGAAUGAGUAUGGCUUGACCAUCGAUACGGUCAAAGGGUUCGAAUUGGUCUUGUCUAACGGCACAGCUACGAAUGUGACUGCUUCGACGAACCCCGACCUAUUCUUUGCUCUGAAGGGUGGCUUCAACAACUUUGGCAUUGUCACGACCUUCUACCUGGAAGCCUACACACAGAGCCAAGUUUGGGGCGGUGCCAUUCUGAUCUCGGGGACACCAAGUGAAGUCGUAGUGGCCACUCAGAACUUCUACGACAACGUGACCGACCCAAAAGCUGCGAUUCUCACCACCAUCAACAAUGAGAUAGGUAUUCCGAUCACUGAGCUCACCCUUUUCUAUAAUGCACCGACCCCGCCGGCUGGCAUGUUCGACGAAUUCUUGGCUAUCCCAGCAAUCUCCACGGACAUCUCAACGCGCUCAUACUUGUCGCUUGUCACGUCCACACCUGCUAACGCGACACAAACCGAGCGCGGUUACUUCCAUUCGGUGUCUCUCUUCAACCUGACCAUCCCGCUUCUUAACGCGAUUGUCAACGAGACCACGUACUGGGCGGAAACAUUAGCUCUCCAAGUCCCCGGUCUGUUCGUCAGCUACGAUGUCGAGCCGUUCCUCCCGACCUAUCUGUCGCACGGAUCGGACUCUGCGUGGCCUCCCAGCCGUGCCACAGGGCUGCUGCCCCUGAACAUCUACUACUCAUGGUGGUACCCAGAGAGCGAUGCCCUCGUCAACCGAGUCAUGCUCCAAAGCGCAGAGUACCUCACACAGUUUGCCGUGUCGCAGGGCCAAGACGUAGCGGACGUGUCGUUGUAUCCAAACUACGCGAUAUGGAACACCACUGUGGAACGGUUGUACGGCGGUAACCUGGCGAGGCUGCAGAGUAUCAAGGCGGAAUACGACCCUAACAACGUCAUGGCACUUGCAGGUGGAUGGAAGUUCUAG